AGAAAACAAUCUGCACUGAGAGAAAUAGAUACAGUCCGGGUCCUAUUUAAAGGGGAAGCUCUGGGCACCCCGGAGUCAGAUCCAGCUUUAUAAACAAAGGCGAAGGAAGGAUUGCGGGAGAAGCCUCCUCAGCAAAUAUGGUGUCGCCGGUGACAGUGGUGAGUUCCAACAGCCAGCUUUUUAGUAACUGCAAAGCGGGUGGGGAGAGCAAAGGGGGAUGACGCGCGCGCACACACACCAGCAAGUAUAAAAUCAAGUGUCAAGAUUGCAAUAAUUGCUGCCUCGGGAAGCGAGCCCUGCAGAUUCGCGGCUGACGACUUCACAAUCGCUGCAGGGUUUUUAUUUGGACAGGUAGCCGCUGUCAGAGAGCAUCUGAUCUACGCUGGGAAUCCUGUCCCCAUCAUUUGUGCCGGCUACUAGAGUAGUCCCCCGCCACCCCGUAGUACUUCCAUAUCAUUGCCCUUUUUCUGUUUUACUCUCUCCUCCCGCCUCCCUCCUUUGCUGGUAGCAAAAUGUGGCUGUGAUGGCGGUGGAAGAAGGGGGGGGGUAGAGAUUGGAAAGGGGGAAGAGAGACAUCACGACCGGAUCGGUCGUUGCUUUACAUAGCAAGCGGUGUGGGGGCGUGGGGAAGAGGAGGAAACCCUGCCAAAAGUCAAUAGGAUGAAAACAUUGGGCAUGUGACUAGGAAGCGUGACUUUGUUGAUUUCGCUCCUUGGGGCUUGCCGGCAAGGCACCGUCUGAUUGAUGGAGAAGAUUGCGGGUGGGAGGGAUUCCAGUUCACCUCCCCCUUUCUCUGGCGCUCCCCCCCCUCGCCGCCCCCCCAACUCGCUUUGCUCCGGAAUUGCUGGAGGAUGGCACCAUGCUGCCAAUCUGCCUGCCUGUGUGUGCUUACAUGGCCCAUAUAUAUAUGCGCGUGUGUAAGGCAUGUGCCAUUCCCAUUACGGAUUUCUGAUCCGUGGGUGCCCUCUGGGAUCGAGGAACAACAGUGCAGAGAAAUCAGCAAGCUUUAUUUUUGCUUCUCCCCGCCCCCUGCCCACUCCGCAGCUAAUAAACAUCUUUGUCCGAAUGCCAUUUAGACUGCUGAAGAUGUUUUGAAAAUAAAAUAAAAAUAGGCAGAUCUAUAGGUAUAUCUAAAUCUCUCUCUCUCUUUCACUCUCUACAUAUAUAUAUUUUAAUCUGAAAUGAACGCAGCUAGGACAGAUUGAUAGAUAGACUGCUGAAGCAGAGUGAUGUAGUCAAAAGCAUUCUAGGACACAGGGGACCUGGGUUCAAAUCCAUUGCUACCCAUGAUGCUUACUGGAUUUCUAGUACACAGAGCUGUUGUGAGGAUAAAAUAGGAUAAUCCUUUGCAGCGCUAUUAUUCUAGGAAAAAAGGUGCCGGAGCUCACCAUGAACGCCUCCCUUGUUCUCUUAUAAUGGCAAUAGUGCCCACCAUGUGUGUAGCCAAGGGGGGGGGCAGCUGCUCCCCUCGAAUCAAUAAAAAUCAAUAAAAAUAUAUAGCAAACUGAGGUUCUGCCCCCCCCUAAAAUCCUGGCUACGCCCAUGGUACCCACCUAGAGCAGAGUUCCAUUGAGUUCCAGCUGAAAAAACCCUGAUCCUAUGUAGGAACAUAGGAAGCAUCAAGAGCAGUAUUUCCUACACUGACCACCAGCAUCUCUCCAAGGUCUCAGGCAAGAGCCUCUCCCAGCCUUACCUGGGGCCUUCUGCAUGCAUCUAUCUAGUUUGUCUGUCCUAACCGCAAUACAGGACGUGGGUGGCGCUGUGGGUUAAACCACAGAGCCUAGGACUUGCCGAUCAGAAGGUUGGUGGUUCGAAUCCCUGCGAUGGGGUGAGCUCCCGUUGCUCUGUCCCAGCUCCUGCCCACCUAGCAGUUCAAAAGCAUGUCAAAGUGCAAGUAGAUAAAUAGGUACCGCUCCGGCGGGAAGGUAAACGGCGUUUCCAUGUGCUGCUCUGGUUCACCAGAAGUGGCUUAGUCAUGCUGGCCACAUGACCUGGAAGAUGUACGCCGGCUCCCUUGGCCAAUAAAGUGAGAUGAGCGCCGCAACCCCAGAGUCGUCCGCGACUGGACCUAAUGGUCAGGGGUCCCUUUACCUUGACCUAACCGCAAUACAACAGGCGUUUCAUUCCAAAUGAAAUUAAAACAGGUAUUGUAGUGACUUCACUCAUUGGGCAUUUGAAGAUGUGUGCUGUAGUGGCGAGAGCAGACUUUCCCAACCCCGGAUCACCAGAUGUUGUGGGACUACAACUCCCAUCAUCCAUGACCAGCAGGGGAAUGAUGGACAUAGUAGUCCAACAACAUCUGGGAGCGCAAGGUUGAGAAAGGCUGAGCUAGAGUGUUGGGCCUUGGGAGACCAGGGGUCAAUUCCCUGCUCAGCCACAAAGUUCACUGGCUUGAUAUUGGGCCAGUCACUGCCCUUCAGACCAGCCUACCUCACAGGGUUGCCCUGAGGAUAAAAUGAGAGCAGGAGAGCCAUGUACACUUCCUUGAGGUUCUUGGAGGAAAAACGGGAUAGGAAUGAAAUAAAAUUGUGAUUAAUACCUUCUUCAAAGUUACGUGCCUCACUUUCUGAUCUUGAUGCUCUUUAAUUCCAGAUGAGUGGUUUGGAGGUCAGCAGGGAAAUGUUCUCCGCAUGUGAAAAGAGACUUUCUUUUUAUUACUUUAUAUAUUCAAGGGCUGAUCUUUGCCACAAAAGAAGAUUGUGGGACUGAGAUCUGGUGAAGUUACUGCAGGGGGUUCCACAGGGAUAAUAUUUAUCUCUGCAAAGAAACAAAGUGUUACCUCUUUGUCCUUGGGUACUGGUAAGAAGACUGAAAGAUAAUGUAGUUUUCAUGUUACCUUGAUUAAUUUAAUUAUAAGACUCAGUGAUUAUCAUCUGCAUUAUUUUAUGCAAGGAGGACAAAAGUGACAAAUUUAAAAUUUAGGAAGAUUUUGAAAAUUAGGAAAGUCUUUUUACUGUUGGGAUAGUGUAACAAAUAAGUAAACAUUUUAAGCACAAUUUGGUGUUUCCUUCACUGGAAUAUUUCAAGGAAAAGCUGAACAGGUGUUUGCCUUAAUUAUAAGGCUUGUUUUGCUCACUUCGGCAGCACAUAUACUAAAAUUGAAAAGAUACAGAUAAGGCAAUUUAUUUAUUUAUUAUGCUGCCCUUUGUCCAAAUAUCUCAGGGCAGUUCACAAUAUAAAAAUACAAAAUGAGAACACAAAAUACAUAAUAAAACAAAAACUAACCAAUGACUCCCCCUCCCCCAAAACACAUUUAAUAGGCCACAAAUAUUAAUCAGCCAAAGGCCUGGUUAUAGAGAAACAUUUUUGCCUGUUGCCUAAAUAUAUGUAAUGAAGGCACAAGGCGAGACUCUCUGGGGAGAGCAUUUCACAAAUGAGCCGCUGCAGAAAAGGCCUGUUCUCAUGUUGCCACCCUCCAGAUGCCUUGUGAAGGAGGGACACGAGGAAAGGCCUCAGAUGAUGAUCACAGGGUCUGGGUCUGUUCAUAUGUGGAGAGGUAGUCCUAGUGGUAUUGCGGUCCUUAAAUGAACUUUUGUUGUUGUACAAACUGAAGCACAUACAUAGCUCAUACUUUAACGUUUCCCCCCCAUUCAGCACUGCCAAAACCAGUGCUGUAUUAUGAAAAUCAUGGGCCAGACAGACAGCUGACUGGCCCCUUUAAUUGGAUUUGUUUUAAAGGGAAAGAUAAAUAGACAGCACCCGUCCUGUAUUAUGAAAAUUGGGAACCCUAACCAGAUCCUUCUUAGCCUGUCAAUUACAAGUUAGUUUAAUGCCCUCUAUUUCGUCUGUGUAUUGGAAGGAGAUAAUACUUUUUCUUUAACUGAAUACACGGUGAUGCUUUUUAAUGUGGGAAUGAAGUGAAAUGCAGCCUAUUUUACUAGUGAAGCUUCAGGCCAAGAUUUGGCCCUUGUGAGCCUGAAAAGCCUUUUCUGUGCCUUUACCUCAUUGCCAAUCUUCUUUUAGAACCAAUAGAAGAUUGUGCCAAAAAAAAUACUGUCUGAUAAAGGAAAGGUACAGAUUAUCUCUAUUUGAACUUUCACCCUGCCUGAAGCAGCUUGAAUUCUUUUUUCUCUUUUCCUCUGGACAUGAAACACCUGGUUAUAAAACAUUCUAUUCUCUGAACAUGACUUAUGUAGGCUGGAACUGGAGUUUUUUGCAGGUAGAUUUUUGUGGCCGUCUUAGGUAUCUAUUCUUGUCCCUGAUUUUUUCUUCUGUUAGAUCUCUUGCUCCUUUUACUGACCAACUUUUAGACCACAAAGACAUUUACUAGCUAUAGAGCUGGCAUCGCUGAGCAUAAAAGUAUGACUUAUUUUUGAAUAAAGCAUACAGAGGACUGCACUGCAUAUCUUCUGGUAAAACAGAUUUGGCAAGUGUAAUGUCCAAAAGUCCUUGAAGGCUUAUUUAAUCGUUCAUUUUUAUUAGGUGUCUGAAAACUGUGCUCAGUACCCCAAAUAUCUCUAGGGACAGUAGAUAGUUAAAAUAACUUUUUAGAAAAGCCCUGCUGGAAGAAUCUAGCCAAACUAAGAUACUUUGAAAUGUAAUGGGACUUACCUCUGGCACUUUGAAAAAGGAUAGAUAGACCUUGUACCAUUUUAUGAAUACCGGGGUUGCUUCCACACUUGGAAGAGAUACUAUUUUUAUAGUAUAAAAAUACUCUUGAUAGUGCUGUAUCCUGCCAUAGUUCUUUAUAUCUCAGACCUUGGGCUUUAGUGUGCUGGCACCUGUCCUUCCUGACACCAGGCAGGUACCUACACCAUUGACAUUUAGAUACCUGCUUAAAACUCACCUGUUAAGCUUGGCUUUCCCUGAGAGAUGAUCCAGCCAUGCUGAUUUGUGAUAUACAUUGUGUUUGUUUUAUGGAUGUAAUUUUCUUGUUGAGUUUAUGUGUGAGUGUCUGGAGGCGGUUGGAGGAUGGAUGGCAGCUAACAGAUUGAGGUUGAAUCCUGGCAAGACAGAAGUACUGUUUUUGGGGGACAGGGGGCGGGCAGGUGUGGAGGACUCCCUGGUCCUGAAUUGGGUAACUGUGCCCCUGAAGGACCAGGUGCACAGCCUGGGAGUCAUUCUGGAGGUCAAUUCUGUGUCCAGGGCAGCUGUCUACCAGCUCCAUCUAGUACGCAGGCUGAGACCCUACCUACCAGUCUGUCUCACCAGAGUGGUGCAUGCUCUGGUUAUCUCCCACAUGGACUACUGCAAUGCACUCUACAUUGGGGCUACCUUUGAAGGUGGCCUGGAAACUACAAUUAAUCCAGAAUGUGGUAGCUAAACUGGUGACUGGGAGUGGCUGCUGAGACCAUAUAACACUGAUCCUGAAAGAACUACAUUGGCUCCCAGUAUGUUUCCGAGCACAAUUGGUGCUGACCUUUAAAGCCCUAAAUGGCCUCGGUCCAGUAUACCUGAAGGAGCGUCUCCACCCCCAUCGUUCAGCCCAAACACUGAGGUCCAGCGCUGAGGGCCUUCUGGUGGUUCCCUCACUGCGAGAAGUGAGGUUGCAGGGAACCAGGCAGAGGGCCUUCUCGGUAGUGGUGCCUGCCCUGUGGAAAUAUUCACAAGUUGAGUCCGGAAAAAUGCACAUAGACAGCAUGGAAAGUACUGGAAUGCAAGAGUUUGUCAUCAGCGGCAUCUGGAUUCUCCAUACAAAUGAAACAGAUUUUGUUCAUUCAGAGGAUCAUAGAAACCUUUGUCUGAUGGGUUCCUACAUUGUAAGAGAAAGUUCAGAGAUGUCCAUUCCUUCCCACCUAUUCUGCUGCACACUUAAUGGAAACCUUUGAUCUAAUGCAGGAGUUUCAGAAAAUGCCUGAGGAAAUAGUAAGCUUCAAGGUCCUUUGAGAAGAGUUAGCUUUAUUUUAUUUAAAAUGAAGUGUGUGUGUGUGUGUUUGCACAUUUGGAGUCUGUAGUUUCAGUUCUCCGUGUUCUCUAAUUCUCAAUAAGCUGACAGUUCCCUUCCUUCCCAGCAGACGCUAGGUAGGGUUCCCUGUACGCUAAAUGCUGCAGUCAGAUCUUAGACUGAUUCUUCUGGCUCAGAGUAUCUCCUUUCAUGAGAGGCUAGAGGAGCCAGUCAGAGCAUUCAGCAGCACUGCAGGGUUUGGAGCCUAAAUCACCAUGCUUGUUAUUUAUACAAUUGAUGUGAAUGUACCUUUAUAGUAUUUUUUAAAACAACAACAUGAAAGGCUAUUAUUAUCGUAGGCUGUGCUGUUUAUGACUAGCAGUGCAUUUGAAAUGCCCAAUUCUGCUAUUAGAAGAAUUGCAUUUUGUAAAAAUAAGAUGUUUAUGCAUAUUUAUGUAAUUUGCUUUAUUUGUCCUUUAAUAACAUAUGCUUUAAUUCUUCUAAUAAUGCAGGAAAGCUAAACACUUUAAAUUUCCACUAAUUUCAAUGGGAGAGAUUUUUCCAGAAGCAAUUCUAUUCAUAGCAUCAUAGAGUUGUAGAAUUGGAAGGGAUCCCAAGGGUCAUCUAGUCCAGCCCCCUGCAACGCAUGAAUCUCAGCUAAAGCAUCCAUGACAGAUGGCCAUCCAACCUCUGCUUAACCCCCCCCCCCAAGGAAUCAGUCUACCUUUCAAGGGAGUCUGUUCUACUGACAAACAGCUCUUACCAACAGAAAGUUCUUCCUCAUGUUUAGUUGGAACCUCCUUUAACUAGAAUCCACUGGUUCUGGUUCUCCCCUCUGGAGCAAGAGAAAACAAGCUUGCUCCCUCUUCCAUGUGACAAACCUUUAGCUGUUUGAAGAUGGCUGUAAUAUCUCCUCUCAGUCUUCUCUUUCCCAGGCUAAACAUAUCCAACUCCCUGAACUGUUUUUUGUAAGGCACAGUUUCCAGACCCAUUAUCAUAUUGAUCACUCUCUUUUGCACAUGUUCUAGCUUGUCAAUCUCCAUCUUAAAUUGUGGCACCCAGAACACAGGAGUCCAGGCAGAAUAGAGCGGUACUAUUUCUUCACUUGCUCUGGACAAUAGACCUCUGUUGAUGCAGCCUAGAGUAGCAUUAGAUUUUUUGUGUUGCUUCAUCACACUGUUGACUCAUUUUAAGCUUGUGGUCUACUAAGACCCCUAGGUCCUUUUUGCAUGUACAGUCGUACCUUGGAAGCAGAACGGAAUCCGUUCCCUCUCCUACAAUUUUUGCCUAUAUACUCUCAAAUCUGCCUUCCAUGCUCUGGGUCAUAGAUCUCUUCACAAGUGUACACAUUCCUUACAUAUAAUGCUACUCCUCUUCUCUUCCUGUUUGGUCUAUUCCUUUUGAGCAGGUUGUAUACUCCUCAAUUUCUACAUUCCAGUCAUGAGACUCAUCCCACUCAUCCUACAUACCUACUUGGGAAUAAGUCCCACUGGACUCAAUACUUCUGAGUCAGCAUGCGUUGGAUUGCACUGUUAAGCAUGUGGUUUGUUGCAAUAGCAGUUACAAAUAGGAUUAGAUUAGCAUGGAGUCUAAUUACUUCUGUGCUAUACUCGGUCAAAAUUGAAGGAUAUGUGGAUCAUUGCUCCCUGGCAUUAAUAACCAAAGAUACAUCCUGCAGUGUAACCUAUAUAUUCUUUCUAACUGUUUAUAGCUGGGAUGGAGAACCCAAGGCACUCUGAAUGUUGUUGACCUGCAGCCCCCAUCAUCCCUCACCAGUGACUAUGUCAGCUGGGAUGGAUAGAAGUUGGGAGUCAGACAACAUCUGGAAGACCACAGGUUCCCUAUCCCUGCUCUCAUUAGCUCGAGAGCCAGUGUGGUGUAGUGGUUAGGAGCGGUAGACUCGUAAUCUGGGGAACCGGGUUCACGUCUCCGCUCCUCCACAUGCAGCUGCUGAGUACCUUGGGCCAGUCACACUUCUUUGAAGUCUCAGCCCCACUCACCUCACAGAGGAAGGGAAAGGAGAAUGUUAGCCGCUUUGAGACUCCUUCGGGUAGUGAUAAAGCAGGAUAUCGAAUCCAAACUCAUUUAUGCUACAAAAAUCUGCAGGCUAUUUCUGGCAGGUGUGCAGGUUAAAGCGCAAACAGAUACUGUAAUUUGUCUCCAUACCUUUCCUUCCCGGGGGGGGGGGGGAGGGAUUUGGGCUUGUUUGUCUGCAAGCAAACCCUGAAGAGUAACCAAGCCUUGUUCUUGACUUGCUUCUCAUGAUUUGUUGUGGGAAAGAAAUAAUGAGCCGGGUUCAGAUAUCACACGGUGCCAGACCACUGCAUUGGGUUGUACUAGAUGCCCCUUUGGGGACCCUCCAUCUCCACAAUUCUAUGAUUCUGUGUUUCCCAGCAGUGCUUCAGCGUCGAGGCAGGAGCAAAGCACCCUCAAUUUCAGAAUGCACCAGAAUACUGCAAAUUCACAUUUAACCACAGUUAAUUUGACCGAAGGUUUAAUGUGAUGUGCAAAUGUGGCCACUGAGUGACAAACAGAAGAUGAAAUGUGAGAGGAGUUCUGGUGUCAUAGCACCCUGCAAGUAUCAGGCAUUGAUUACUACCCAGAGAUUUCAAAACCAUCAACUAGCCUUUAUUGGUGUUGACACUAAAUCCAUAUCUGUUUUUGGUGCAUUAUGCUGCUUGCUUUUUAGAUGAUUUCCUUUCAGUGAAAAAGAUGGAAGGAAAGUAGAUUUCCUUUGAGAGAGGGUUUCAGAAAUUCCUUGGGACACAGAUUGGGAACAAAGCUGCCAAAAGGCCCCUCUGCUAGAAAGCAGAAAGCAAGGCAUCACCACUCAAAGGACACUGGAGAACAUCUUUUUAGUGAAUAUUUGAUGCUUAAUUCUAUCCUUUCUCAGUAGGCACUGCCUUAAGGUUUCAUCACCAGCUGAGUGGCACUGAAAAUGGAUUACCCUGCUGGCCUAACCGCUUUGUGAAAGGAACUUUUGCUGAAAACAACUGUCCCUUCAUAUUGUCCUGCUGCUAAUUCAGGGGACAUGGCUUUAGCUGAUUGUAACUAGGGCAGAUUUGUUUUUUUGCUUGCAAAAAUACAUGAGAACAACGAGAGUAUCAGUGCUGCACUGCUUCUGCUGCAGUAGGGCAACAGUGUGUUGACACCAAAGAGCUGGCAUUCCUACCUGUUAUUCCAUGGCUAAAGGUGGUAGAAUAGUUGGCACACAGGAAUGGCUAGUUUGUUGGCCUGAGAAAGGAGGUGUGAUCUUGUUUAGGCCAUCUUAUGAUGCUUAUCUACCUGUUACAAAGCACACUGCUUCUCCCAUGGUUCUUAAGAGGGAAAAAAUACUCUGAAGAAUAUGGGAACAUGUACAUGAUGUCCCUAAGUAAAGGGAGUUGAGUGAGAACAUAAGCCAUUCAUCAAGGCCAAAAAUGUUGGUUUUUUUACUCCCAGCUACUCCAACCCACAGCAGCUCUCGGUGGUUUCAGGCAGAGAUCUUCCCCAGCCUUAUUUAAUUUAAUUUAUUCUAUUUCCUUUACAUCCCACCUUCUCCAAGGAGCUCAAGGUGAUGGCAUACAUGGUUCUCUUCCUCCCCCAUUUCAUCCUCACACAAACCUGAGAGGUAGGGUAGGCAGUGGCUGGCUUAAGGUCAUCCAGUGAGUUUCAUGACUGAGGGAUUUGAACCCUGGUCUCCCGGGUCCUAGUCUGACACACUAACCACUACACCACACUGGCUCCUGCUAUCUGAGCCCCUCCACCUGGAGCACCCAAGGUUGUGGAGCCCGGGAUCUUGCACAUAUAAAACAUGUGCUGAUCUAGGGGGAGAGAGCUAUGGCAUUUGUACCUUCCCCGCCUCAGCAGAACUAAUGGCGGCUUCAUGCUGUUGCUAAGGCUGUUUACACACUAAAUCAUUAAAGCACAUUCAAGUGCACAUUCUUCCCCUCAGAGAAUUCUGGGUAAUGUAGUUUACCCCUCACAGAGUUACAACUCCCAGCGAUCCUUAACAAUUGGGCCGGCCCACCCAUGAGGCAAGCUGAGGCUUUGGAUAGCAGGACCCACAGGGCAGAUCCUGAUGUAGAUAUUUAUCCCCGACCCCUUGUUCCUGGUUAUCUUCACUCCUUCCUCCGGGAGUGCCAUUUUGUGGUUUGCCUCAGGUGCCAAAAUGUCUUGGGCCAGCCCUGGUUAACAAACGGCAGUGCCCUGAAUUCUUGGGGAGAGAAUGCACUUCAAAUGUGUGUUAUAGUGUGCACAUAGCCUUAGGCUGGGGAAGGGGACAAGGGAAAUAAAGGUUAAACUUCCUCUCCCAGAGAGUGCUACUUUGCUGAUCCUCAAAGCAGCCACAUGGGUUUGCAAUUUAGUAAGAAAACAAACAAAGCAAGCUCACAGGAAAUCUUAAUCAUGGCUCUUCUGUGUCACACCUAAUUUGGCCCUGCAAAACUGCUUAAGCGCAGAUGAGCCAUCAUUGCCCUUGUCAGAAUCACAGAACUUUGUUUUUCUUCCUGAAAUUGACCAAAGUAGAAAGUAUGUUAUAAGUUAAUUGACACAAGAGAUAUUUGUGAUACAGGUCAGCCAUAGUCUUGGAACCCUAUAACAUCUUAAGGGUUCUUGGAGUCAUUCAGGUUUUGCAUGCUAACUGUGUAUCCUGUGCAACUAUAUAUUAGAGCCCCAGCACUUUUGGUGUUAUUUUAAUUUUAAAGGAAAACAAUUUUGAGAGGAGAUAAUUUGGAGUAGUGGAGCAGUUGGGUUCUAAGUGAUCUCAAACACAUGCUUAUAAUAUUGGAAGAUCAUUCAGUGUAUGACUUCAGGGUUAAUUCUGAUAUAUAAUUCUUAUAUCUCACUAAUAGUAUAUAAACUCUACUUGAAAACCUCACUUUAACAAACCUGUCUAACAGAAUAAGUAACAAUCGGUAAGACAACUAACCAAGCGGGGGGUGGUGGAGGGCUUGCUUAGUAACCAGGCAGAGUGACCUGAUGUUCAUUGAGCUAGCACAUGCUCUGGUUGGCUGUGUAGUUUUGAGGAAGUUUUUCCUCUGUAUGCUUGGUUGUAUGUCUCCCUACUAUGUACAAGGCCUAAAGUAAGAAAAACAAAAGCUCUUUGUUUAUCUCCCCCCCCCCCCCCCAUGAUACAGUGGAACCUCAUGUUACGUACCACCCCCCUUGUGAACGCUGUGGGUUACGAGCUCCGCUAACCCGGAAGUAGAUGCUCCCGGUUGCGACCUUUGCCCCGGGAUGCGAGUGGAAGUCACGUGCCGGCAUUAGCAGGAGGUGCCAUUAGCAAAAGUGCAUCUCAUUUUACGAGCAGUUUCGGGUUGAGAACGGACCUCCAGAACGAAUUAAGUUUGUAACCAGAGGUACCACUAUAUAACAUUUUGUUCUGUUUCUUCAGUAAAGUAUUAUAAGGAUUUCUUUUUUCUUUGGACUUCUUCUGUAUUAUUUAAGUGACUUUGCUAACACUGAACCCCAUGGCGGUUAAGCUACCUAAUCCUGCUGCCUUUCUGCUUCAGAUUUUUCCUUCCUGAAGCUGCUUUUAUAAAAACCAAACCAAACCCAUGGCUCUGUUUUUGGUUUCUAAUUCUAAUAAAAAGUUUCAACUGGAUAAGAUUUCCCCCCAAUAAAAUAAAAUAAAUUCCCUAAGGAAACUGUUUAACACCUUACAUUUUGAAACAAUUAAAUAUAAAUUAGAAAUAAAACAAAUUAACCACUGCAUUGACUCCAAAGAAGAAACCAGUAAUUAAAGUGACCCAAAGCAGAGGACAAGAACUGACUGAAUGCCUUGGUCAGGAGAGUGAAGAGGAAGAAAUCAAUUUAGGAGGGAAAAAUCUAAGAAGCAGAACCUACUUCAAAAGAACUGGACAGAGGGGAAACGUCUAAUUAAAAGGGCAGUUGCAAGGAUAACCUUCAGUCCAUCCUGGGAAGGCUGGCACUACAACUUUAUUUUUAAGUAAAAUCAGGGAUGAAUAUAGCAGUAAUGGAUGGGAAACAUGGAAAACACUGGAAUGCAAUGGGUUGAAAUAGUAGCACUAUCCUGUUGCAUGAUGUUUUCAUGAUGGCUUUAAUUGCUGCAGAUCAUUUUAUGAGGUUGCUUCGGUUUUUUACUCUGUGCCUCACUCUGGGAUAGGGGAAAUGAAGAAGGGCAGAAUAUGAAUUGAAAUAAUAAAUGACAUAAAAGAAGACUGUAAAUGGCCUGGGGGAAGUAGGCAUGAUGACUGCGUUUUUGUCUACCAUGCUUGCUACGAGUCACCUUGGAGAUUGGUGGUGGUCCAUAACUGAUGGUUCUUUUGAAGAAGAAACACCUGCCAGAUGAUGCAAACUUAUCCAGCAUUGAGAUGAAAAUACAAGAGACACGAUAUUCCUUUUCUUUUCUUCAUUGCUUAUGUCUUGAAAGAUACAGUAUUGGGAAAUUCCCCCUCCCCAAACAAACAUUUUCUCCAUAAACAAUAACUGUAAGUUUUUUAAGCAGCUGGCUGAGUCCUGAGUUCCCCUUCCUCAUAGGAGUUAAGCAAUCAAGGAAGUAUCCUUGGAAGUGCCUUGUAAAUCUUUUAUGGGAACGUCAUUGCUAUAUGGUUGGGAGCGAUGUAGCCUUGCAGCUGAAACAUUCUGUUUGCUUUUGCUGUGCUUUUGUGAGCAUGAAGGGAAGGGGAGAGAAUAAAUAACAUAGCACAGGGCAGGAGGGAGAGCGACUGGGAACUUCCUAAACUGAAAAACACAAUCAGAUAAAGUACUCCAUAGUCUCUUUCUUUCAGCUUCCUGUAUCAUUAAACUCUGACAUUUUCUUGGAAGAAUGUAUCAGAGCCUAAAACACAUUACCUUGUGUUUUCCUUAUGAAUGUGGAAAGGCAGAAGGAAUGUUUCACCUGGUUAUCUUUUCAGCGUUCCGUUUUCUUCUCUGCUAUAGUUUCCCUUCUCCAUCUUUCUGGGUUUAAUCUUUACCGAGUCCCUGUGGUCUCAGUUCCAUAUCUGGAACAUGGAGCAUGUGAGGGUCAUGCGUUUAUUUUAGGUGCUGCUUGCUCUGAACAUGGAGAAUAAGCAGAUACUGGCAAGGGCAUAGUCUGAUGCCAGGACCCAGCUAUGGUGCAUAGAGAGUGUCUCUGAGUCUUGCUUUUUCUCACCACUGAAGAUACAACUAGACAUCACUGGAAAAUGCAGGGCCGUCACUGAAAUGUUCCUCUGUAAUGUCUAGGAGCCCACCUCCUUGGCUGGGGUCUGCAGAACCAUUUUGAGGAGAAUGUGAGACGUUUCACGACAUCAAAGUAGGUAGCUGAAGUAGGAACACUGGGUUAGCUACAGUGCAGUCAUGCACAAGUUUAUUCAGAAGUAGGGGUAUAGGGAGGCAACAAUUUCCACCCCAUCCUGUGUUCCUCAAAGUCAGCCGUUUUCACACACACCACCGAGGUUUUCACUGAGCUAUCCACCAUGUUGAACUAUUCACCGUGACCCCUAUAUCUCUUUCCUUUGGCUCCUAGGCUGUAUUUCCUAUGGGAGUGUUGUGAGAAUAUCAUCCAUACCAAAAAUGUCUGUCAUACUCUUCUAGUGUGAAGUUAUUACUGAGCAUAUUAGAGCUGAAUAGGAGGAUUUGAAUCCCAAAUGUGCUUGCUAAUUCAUUCUCACAACGCUGCUGCUAGCGAGUAGUUAACUAUUUCUGCUUUGUGGAUUAAAAACUGAGGAUCAAGAUGCCAAGGAGCAAUGACCCUCAGUACAAAUCUAUAUUUAGGAAACAAAUAGCAUGGUGGGUCAAACUGUGGAGAAAAGCAAGGAUAUCACCAACCUUCCGGCAGCCCUCAGCAUAGGGCUGUCAGUGGGCCCAGCACCCAUGUCCCCAAUAGCCACGAUGAUACCCUAUUUUAAUUUUUUUUUCAACUGCAAUCACCAUAACACUACUCACCAUCCUACCUGGUGAGUCUCCAGACAGCCGUUUAGUCAUGGGCAUAGAUCUGUAGGCUAGGUGUUACUGAUUUAUAAGUAGUCACAUUGCAUUUUGGGCAAAUUACAAUACUGGGGAGCCACCAUGGAUGAGAGUUGAGUUUUGCUCUCAUUCAAAAACAACACCUGCACCUACCCUCUGCUAAGACAGUGGGAAGGGUAAUGACUUGGGGUUUGGCUGGGUCAUUCUGGUGAGGGGCCUUUUUGAGCCCUUGAGGACUUCUAGCAGUGCCCAUCUGCUGGCACUGAGCAUAGUGGAAAGGAAACUGAGAAUGCACGCAGGCUGGCAUAAGAACUCAUGCUACUUUAUGUGUUCUAGUAGCAUAACACGCAAAAUGAUGUCAAGGGCAACAAUUAAUGCAUUUAUUACUCCAUUAUGUUUUAUUUUUCUUUAUUAUUUCUUUAUGUUUUAUCAUGCUUUUAUAUUUGUAGGAAGCAUCCUAGUGUGGUUGGCGCAACACAGUCAAAUGGGCGGCAUACAAAUAAUAAAAUUGUUCAUUUGUUUGUUUGUACUGAAAUGCUUCAAUCCACUGGGAGGAAGUCACCUUAGCUAAGUCCCAUUGAACCCAUUGCCAAAAGAUGGGUUCCUCUCUGAAUCCUCUGAAUUUCCCAAACUGAAUCCUCUCUGUUUUCAGUGGAGUGUUAAUGUUUACUUAGAACUGACUUCUGCUUAAUUCCGUAGAAGUCCCUCCUGGCAAUUUGCAGAGAUAAUAGACUCAUGUCUUCUCCAAGGACUGAAGCCUUGGUCAUUACUGAUUUUUGCUUGUUGACAAGUAUACACAUGGCUAGAGAGUUUAUUUAUUAGAUAAAUUUCUAUAGCAUUUUCAUUUGGCCUGUAACAGUGCUCUGAAAGAGCUAUUUGAGCAGGUUUGCAGAAGCCCCUCCAGGCAAUUCCCAGAGAUAAUAGACUCGUGUCUUCUCCAAGGGAAAGGAGCCUGGCUGGAAUCUUAAACAGAACCAUCAUUUCCUGUUUGCAACACAGUAGGGUUGCUAUUUUUAGUUUUUAUGGUCUUAUGCAGUUUUCAUGCAUGCUGGAGCUAUCGGAAGCAAAAAUCAAUUUGCAGUCUGUUAAUGAUGGCUAUCCUAGAUCACCUUGGAAACCCCCAUUGAUCCUGAUGUUAACCUUCACUCCUCCGGUGAAUGUACACAAGCAGUUUUAUUGUGUGGUAAGGUAUGGUUGCUCACUUAUCUGUAUUACUACCCAUAUGGUGUAAAUGUUCUUUACUGAUCAUUCUCAUGCCUGGUGAAUUUUGGCAUCUUUACCAUAUAGGAAGCUGUCUGUCUGGAGUCACUCCUGAUCUCCAGCUGAAAUAACACACGGGAUUGCUUUUGCUUCACAUCUGUCCCUUGUUGUCCUCCCUCCUCCCACCUUGUUGCCCUUCUCCCUCAUCAAAAUUUAGAGGGCAAGAGGUUUGGGGGCAAGGUGCUGGUUUCUGUUACCAAUAGCCUGUAGAACACUAUGUUCUUAAUAAUAAUAAGCCAGAAUCAGGGUUUUCUCUAGAUCUCCAUAUUUCUGGACAAAAGUGCUUUUGAAUUUCAGGAGAUCUUCUAGAGUAGCGUGUGAUGCGUGAUAGGAGAACUCCUGAUCAGCAGUGUGCAAAUGGAAGCACUUCUCAUGUGUAUUUGGGACUUCUUGGAGGACAUAAUAUUUGCAAAGGAUCAAGGUGCAUACUCUGUGACAAUGAGCAUUCAAAAACCAUCCAACACAACCCAUGACUAAGGGUUCACUGUUACUGAAAUUUGAGAGGGGAUGUGAUGUUUGGGAAUGAAUCUGGGACAGACUAGGCUGUGGCUAGUGAAGUGGAUAAUUUGUUGCUGGACUAAUUUCUCAUCUUGAUCAGCUAGGACCUGCUGUGACAGAUCUGGCAGCUGACCUAUUAAGAAGAGUGCAUCAGGAUGGAGUGAUCAGCUCACAAGACAUUUUUCUUGGGUUAGCUGUAUCAUGUUCAAGGAAAUAGGUGUCUGAUUUAUCUACCACUAAUUAAUUCCAGGCGUCUUGGAGUUUCAUGAUGUAAGAGUUGAUCAAGAGAUAUGUGAGAGAGAAUAAGGAAGUUUGAGGACAACCUCUUCUUUUUAACAACUCAAGGAAUCAUUUGUCUCACUAACACUUUAUAUGGUGUGGACACCAUUAUACAGGGUAGGUACCUUCAACCUCUUCAGACCCAGGAUCCACUUUUAACCCAAAUGUGCACCUGGGGACCCAUUUCUUAAUUGUUUAACACACAUUUGUGUGGUGGUGGUGGUGCUUUUGCAACUCAACUUGGAUCAGGCCUCAUCCUACUAGUGGGUCUUGACCCAGCAGUUGAACCCACCCAAUUAUCAAGCCCUCACUUGCCUCUCUACUUCACAGACAGGUAGAAGAAAAUUAUGCAAAGGCCAAAGCUGGUACCCUUGUUGCAUAAGUAGCUCUUCCCCAAAACAUUUCUCAGCCCAGUUGUUGAUGCUCCAGAGUGUGAUACGAAACCCAGGGACACAAGGAGAUUAAGGAGGUGGUUGUUUUUAUGUUCGCAGUGUGUAGGCAGGUUAAUAAGAUAAUUGGUACAUUUUGACAUGUUUCUACACCCCGUAAACUGAAGGCUGUGGAUCAUUUUGCUUAAUGGAAUUAUUUAAAGUCAUAUUUACUAGGUCAACCAUUCUGUUGUGAGGAAAAUGACCCACAGAUAUAAGCAACCUGUGUUUCGGCCUAAUGAAAGUAGUUGGAGGAGGAACAACCAACAUGUUCCCUUUAAUAUUGAAUUUGCCGCUUCACCUUUCUGGUUUUCCUGCAGAGCCGGUUUUCUCAUAGAGCUGCUGCUGUUUCAUGAAGGGCAUGUAGCUGGCUGGAACCGAUGGGAUAUGUCGUUCAACAACAUCUGAAGGACAUCACAUUGGCAGAGUCAGCUCAUCCAGUAGGCAAAUUUGAGGCCCCAAUAAGGCAGCUUCAUGGGCACCCCGACACCUCUGCAGAAGGGGUGCUGGUAUUGGUUGAAAUUGUGCCCAAAAUUGCUCAAGCAUGAGAGAUCUCAUGCGAUUUGGGUGAGAUCUCACCCAAAUUGGGUGAGUUCUUGCCUGAAAUUGUCGCUGAUACUGCCGCUGCUUCUUUGCCCAUGGCAGAGGCAGCAGGGGGAGAGGAAAGCAGUGUUGGCAGUAGCAGGUAUGGCACCAGCAGCAGGAGUGGCAGGGCAGGCAAAGGCGGCACUUUCCAUUGUGCCUUAGGCGGUGAAACGGGAUGCACUGCCUCUGUGCAUUGGUUAUCCCUUCUCUAUAAUAAUAAUGGUCUGUACACAGUCCUGGUAUCUCCACACAGACAAGAAUGAUGGUCACUUUUCCACAACUCAUUUUCCUGCUCAUCCAGUGCAAAAUGUUCUUGAAUUUUUAGCUGUAGUUCCGAGAGAUGCUAUACUCAGGGUGUUUUUGUAUCCAGCUGACUAUAUUUAUAUAAUAUACUGUGCCAAAAAAGUUGUGCUUCUAUUCAGCCCGUCUUCUGCGUUAUUCAGUUUGGCAUAAAGUCUGCCAAUGAACCCUUCACGCAAGGAUUGCCAAUGCACUGUUAAAUAUAUCUAUUUGUUACAUAUAUUUUAAGACCGACACCUCUUGGUGUCAGAGCUUGUUCAAAGGCUGAGUCAGAGCUUUCUGCAGAGGCCUUAUCACACCACUGCCUGCUGUUACUCCUGAGCUGCCCCCGCAGCACCAUUCUGCUUUAAUUUGGCUUUAGGCAUAACUUAAUGGCAACUCUGAGAUUCUUUGGAUGCCAAAUUUGAUCAUGUGUCAUAUUAUGCACUGGUGCAAGAAACAGUCAAGCUGAUAUAUAUUGCGGUUUUGACAUGGCCUGUGCUCUUCAAGGGCAUAGAGAUCAUAUUGGUCCUCCACCUCAUUACCCCUCCAGUUGCUCCCCACCACAAAAGUUCAAUAUCAGACUAAUUGAAGCUGCGGCCUUGAAUCUCUGUAUCUCAUUACCCAUUCCUUCAGCCUGCUAGUCUCAGCAAGGCAAAAUUUAGAAUGUCAUGAAACCUGAUAAAACAGUGCCUUUUCCUUUUUUUCCUUUGGUAAUGUACAAUCUGUGUUCUUUUCACAGGAGAUUGUGAUAUAAAUAAUGAACCGUCUCUGGAGAAUAUGUGCUGUGAAGCUUGAAAGUCUUCAUUAGGUCUCAGUCCCAGAGUCUUCCUUUCACAUUAGAACUUUUCUGUGCUAGCUUGGUUUUCUGGGGAAAAGGACACCGGAGGUGGCUCAAUAAGUUUUGGUGCCUGGGGCAGAAAAUCAAAAUGUGACAAAGAUAUACCGUAUUUUUCGCUCUAUAACACGCUCCCAACCAUAACACGCACAUAUUCUAAACGAAACAGUGGAUGUAUGAUUUUUGUGGUUCAUGCUGUGGCCACAGACACGUGAUCUGACGGUGAGUUUGGGGUAGCCCAAUGCAAAAAUCCUGAGGAUCCAUGUGGAUCCGUGCUUUGUAACUACGUUUUUGCACCACUGUGGCCCCAGGCAACAGUGGGUGCGUGAUUUUUUUGGUGCAAGCUGUAGUCAUGGACAUGCUAUGUGAUCUGAUGGUGAAUUUGGGGUGACCCAGUGCAAAAAUCCUGAGGAUCCAUGUGGAUCCGUGCUUUGUAACCACGUUUUUGCACCACUGCGGCCCCAGGCAACAGUGGGUGCGUGAUUUUUUUGGUGCAAGCUGUAGCCAUGGACAUGCUAUGUGAUCUGAUGGUGAAUUUGGGGUGACCCAGUGCAAAAAUCCUGAGGAUCUGUGUGGAUCCGUGCUUUGUAACCAUGUUUUAAGUGGGAAGGAAAGCACUCAAGGGACAAGGAACACGCGUGGGGUGGGUGGAGAAGGAUGCUGUUAAUAAUGCAGAAGAGGGGUCUAAGAGGAGAAGGCUCUUAUAAGAGGAGUGGGGAGGAGAGAGAGACAGAGAGCCUGCUUGCGAAAAAAUUUGCUGCUAUUUAGCGAGUGGGGAGGAGAGAGAGACAGAGAGCCUGCUUGAAAAAACGUUGCUGCUAUUUAACGAGUGGGGAAGAGAGACAGAGCCUGCUUGAAAAACGUUGCUGUAUUUAGCGAGUGGGGAGGAGAGAGGGACAGAGAGCCUGCGUGCUUUAAAGGAGCCAACCGGACAGGAGCCGCUUACACUCAUGUAAGCGGCUCCUCUCCUCUCCUCUCCUCUCCCGCUUUGCUCCUUUAAAGCAAGCAGGCUCUCUGUCUCUCUCUCCUCCUCACUCAGCGGCUCUUCUCCCGCUUUGCUGUUUCAAAGCGAGCCAUGGAGGAGGGAAGGAAGGGGAACCAUGGAUCCUCUGCUCACGACUGCAGCAGAUCCCCCCGCCAUCCGUAGGGAUUCGCUCCAUAACACGCACAGACAUUUCCCCUUACUUUCUAGGAGGAAAAAAGUGAGUGUUAUGGUGCGAAAAAUACGGUAAUAAUGUUGUGGUAAAUAAUGAACAAGCUGCUGUUGAUGGGCCACCUCAGCUUUGAGGUGAUGGUGUGUGCCCUACUUUACAGAGGACAGUCCUCUAUUUGAAGGGCUAACUGCUCAGUCUGUUUCAAAGAUUUGUUGUUUAGUCAUUUAGUUGUGUCCAACUCUUCGUGACCCCAUGGACCAGAGCACGCCAGGCACUCCUGUCUUCCACUGCCUCCUGCAGUUUGGUCAAACUCAUGUUGGUAGCUUCGAGAACACUGUCCAACCUUCUCGUCCUCUGUCGUCCCUUUCUCCUUGUGCCCUCAAUCUUUACCAACAUCAGGGUCUUUUCCAGGGAUUCUUCUCUUCUCAUGAGGUGGCCAAAGUAUUGGAGCCUCAGCUUCAGGAUCUGUCUUUCCAAUGAGCACUCAGGGCUGAAUUCCUUAAGAAUGGAUAGGUUUGAUCUUCUUGCAGUCCAUGGGACUCUCAAAAAUCUCCUCCAGCACGCUUUGACUAAAUGUGAUCCACCUGGAGCAGGAACUGGCAAGCCACUCCAGUAUCCCUGCCAAGAAAACUCCAUGGACUAAAACAACAGGCAUAUAAAAGUUUCAAAGAUAAGGAACCAUAAAAAAACAAGAUGGAGGGCCUUGAAGCUGCCCAUCAACAGCUUUUGAACACAACACACACGUAACUAGCUGCAAAGUAACAUAACAUGAUAUGUAAUAAAACUGUAAUUUUAAUCAUCAUACCAAAAAGCACAGUUCCUGAUGGCAACAUAUCAUAUCUUCUAUAUGUAUUGGUAUUGUAAAGUCCAAGGAUUGUCAAGUCCAAAGACUACAAUGCACAGUUGUACACAAGGGUGUAUCCUGAGAACUAUUCUACCAUUAGCUGCCUUUUGUUACUAAUUAGUUUGUUUGUCACACUUUCAGACAUAGGACGAUGCAGAAGGUAGUUUCGCUUGUUGCACAUUUAAGAUGUAGGACGAUGCAGAAGGAAGAUAUCAGCCUGAAAUGGCAUUGCCAACAGGAACUGUGCACUGUAAUCUUUGGACUUGACAAUCCUUGAACGUUACGAUACCAAUACAUGUAGAAGAUAUGCUAUGUUGCCAUCAGGAACUGUGCUUUUUGAUAUGAUGAUUAAAAUUACAGUUUUAUUACAUAUCAUGUUAUGUUACUUUACAGCUAUUUAUGUGUGUGUUGUGGUGUUCAAAAGAUGCUUCACCUAAUGAGGCAAUAGUGGUGUUUGUUGCCCAUCAACAUCUGGCAGCACUCAGUCAGCAGACUGAGCUUCCACACAAAUAUCCUGGUAGUGCCUUCCAUGCCAUGGUGAGGUGUGUUUAAUUAUGCUAAUUAUUUCUACAUUUAAUUUAAUUUCAUUUAAUUAUGCUAUUUUCCCUACAUGUCUAAAAGCAUGCCCAAAAUUACAACAACAACAACAACAAUUUAUUAUUUGUACCCUGCCCAUCUGCAAACUUCAUACAAAUUAGCGCCCUCUUUUGUCUUGUUUUUGGGUGAUGCAAACCCUCUUUUUUGGCAGUGCAAAACAGUCUACCCUACUUGGCUUGCUUAAUUGGUAGGGCUGGGUUUGAGCAGAACAGAUUGUGCAAAUGAUAGUAUGCUAACUUGUUAUGGUACUCUCCUUGCCUCAUAAUAAUUUCAAAAGGUAUUGCUAAGUGCAGAUAUAGUUAUGUUGAUACCAUAUUAUCUUCCAUCCUGAUGAUGCCCUAAGGAAUGCUAGGCAGCAAAGGCCUUUAUCCCUCAUCCUGUUCAUAUCUCACUGGUGUGAUUAACUUCCUGUGAGAAACACUUUUGCUUGCAUAACAGUACAUGAUCAGAUUAAUAACUAGAACAUGCCCACAUUUAGUGCAGGGAAAUUGGAUCUCAGGAAGAGAAUGAGUUAGGUUUUUGUCUCUUUUCAUGUUGCUUCCUACAUCAUCACCAGCCAUGAAAUCAGGCUUUUAAUGCUAAUUCAAGCUAAGCAACACCUGAAGCCCAUCCAUCCGUAGUUGCAUCUAUGACAUAGUGACUAAACAAGUGGCAGGGCAUAAUUUUGUUAUCUGGGUUGUUAAAUAUUUUGAGAUGAUAUGUAGGGAUAGAUGAAUCAGUCAGUUUGGGUUUCCCCCCAGUUUCUAUUUUUUUCAAGUCUUAAUGCAGUUCUGCAGCAAUUUGCUUUUUAAAAAAUAAAAACAACAACACUAAAAACUCAUAAAAAUUGAUUAGUAUUUAUUCUAAUUUCUUCUUAUAUAUACAUUUUUGCAAGCAAUUUCCCCUAAAAUUUUGUGUUAUUUUCACUUUUUAUGCACAAAUCCCCUAAUAUAUACAGUUUUGAACACAUUUUCUGUUUGGAAAACUUCAUUGUGAAAUUAGGAGGCCUGCAAACUUUGAAGGAUGGUUGUGUUUUGAUUUGUCUCUUGGUUCGCAAAGUGUAAAUUGGGUAGUUUCUCAUUAAAAUGCAAACAACAUCAAAUUUCUCCCUUGUUCCUAAUUAUAUCUAAGUUGUAUGAUGAGUUGAAAUCUGCCUUUAUUGUUGCAUAAAGGUCCUCUGCAAUUGUGGUCAUGAUCUUUCCUGCAUUUUAAGCAGUUUCCUCAAUCAAUGCAAAUCUUUUUUUAGAAUCCAGAUGGACAGCUAGACAGAGACAGCAUUUGGUUGUUGCCGCUAUACAGCAAUAUAUAAAAAAAUAAGGCUCGUUGCAGGGAUAUCCUUAACCUGCACAACUUGCUAAUGAGUAGGUUAUAGCAGGUUCUGUGUUACAGCAUUAGAAUUUUCUCUUCCUUCUUAUGACAGACAAUGACCAUUCUUAGUAGGAAAAUGCUGGAGAUUUUGGAUAAUAGCGUUGACAGUUAAUUGUGUUCAUGAUUUUGCACAGUUCGUAUUUGCUUUAUAGUGACUUACCUGGAAAUAAAUCUCAUUGAACUUAUUUCUGAGUAGAUAGCAUCAUGCAGUUAAGGCAGUAUCCAGCUCACCAGUUUUACACAGAUUGCAUUAACAGCAGUGCUGACCUCAUCAUCAUCAUCAUCAUCAUCAUAAUAAUAAUAAUAAUAUAUUAUUUAUACCCUGCCCAUCUGGCUGGGUUUCCCCAGCUGGUCUGGGCAGCUCCCAACAAAAUAUUAAAAACACGAUAAAACAUCAGUCAUUAAAAACAUCCCUAAACAGGGAUGUCAGAUGUCUUCUAAAAGUCAGAUAGUUGUUUAUUUCCUUGGCAUCUGAUGGGAGGGCAUUCCACAGGGUGGGAGCCACUACCAAGAAGGCCCUCUGCCUGGUUCCCUGUAGCCUCACUUCUCACAGGAAGGGAACCGCCAGAAGGCCCUUAGAGCUGGACCUCAGUGUCCGGGCUGAACGAUGCGGGUAGAGAUGCUCCUUCAGGUAUACUGGGCCGAGGCCAUUUAGGGCUUUAAAGGUCAGCACCAACACUUUGAAUUGUGCUCAGAAACGUACUAGGAGCCAAUGUCAGUCUCACUACUGCUCUGCCACAGCCUCACUCAGAUAAGCAGCAGCAAUCCUGGGAAUAGGGGUGGGGUGGCUGCAUCCCACCCAUUGCAUCACUACUGAUAGAUCAGUUACCGUAUCUCCUAGUCCUCUAUAGGGACUAAAUUCUGAGAGCAAUAAAAGCUCCCACCUUUUCUAAACAAGUGCCUCUUUAAACCGUAGAAUCCUCUAAUAAUGAUAUCCAGCUAUUUAAAUAAUACCCUGCUUCAUAAUAUUUUUUCAAUAGUCUUUUCAUUAAAGCAUCUGGGUGCAAAGACUUACUGCAGUGCACAGCUGCAAAGGAAUUUCUCUCUCCCUUUGAUAGGCAGCCACCCCUUUUUAAUGCUACUUUGAUUAAUUCCCUUUCCCUUUCUCUGCACCUCCACUGCAGUACCAGGCCCCCCCCCCGCCACCCUCCCCGGCCAGUGCCAAAUAAACUAAAGCACUAAUACAUUCAAGUCCAGAAUCUCAAGGCCAAUUGCCAAGGGUUUAAUUAUAUUCUUCUGGCAAAUGACCAUUGUUUGCUCUUUAAAAAGUCAAGCCUUACUGGCUGCCAACUCUGCCGCUCCAGUCAGCUGAGGAGGGAGGCUUUGAACUGUUGCAAAAGUCUUUUAUUUUUGCAGAACCAGGAGGCAAUCAUAGAGCUAGUUGUAGGCUGUGAGCACGAACAGAUCUCGGAGGUAAGGGAGGGAUGACUUGUGACCUCACCUAACUGACUGGAAGACUUCAAAUGAAAUUUGUACACAGUCCAACCGGACAUUAAAAAAACAACAACCAAAAAACCCACCCAUCUUUUGGCAAUGUUGUUCUGGGGAAAGUUACCUCAGAUUAUCAAAUCCUCUGCAAGUUUUGAUGUCUGUCCUUGUUCUCAGUGACAGAGAAGUUAAAGGGAGGAUGUUACACAUUGCUCUUUGGAGAGGAGUACAGUCAUACCUCAUGUUACGUUUGCUUCAUGAUACAUUUUUUCAGGUUGUGUCCUGCAGUGACCCGGAAGUACCGGAAAGGGUUACUUCCGGGUUUCGCCGCUCGCACAUGCGCAGACGCGGCAAAUUGCGACCCGCGCGUGCGUAGACACGCCACUGCGGGUUGUGUUCUAUUCAUGUUGCAAACAGGCCUCUGGAACGGAUCCUGUUCGCAACCAGAGGUACCACUGUAUUCCUCCUUCUAACAGCAAACUUUGAUGGUGAGUGCCGCUGGGAUUUUGCAGCCAAAAUGGGGCCAUUAAGAAACAAGAGAGAGGCCAAGGCAUGCUUGCGGGGGGGGGGGGGAGGGAAUUCAAGGUUUACAGAAGAGCAGUGAAGUGUGUAACGUUAUGCAUGCAUAUUAUUGAGAAAGUGGGCAGAGAGAAGUUUUAGCUCAGGGAUAUCUGAUGAAGCUGAAUAUCUGAAGAGUCAGAACAGACAAAAGGAAUAUUUAUUCACACAGGGCCUAGUUAAACUGUGGAAUUUGUACUCACAGGAGGCAGUAAUGGCAACAACUUGGAUGGUUUAGAAGAGGAUUAGACAAAUUUAUGGAGAAUAAGGCUAUCCAUGGCUGCUGGCCAGUGCUCUGCCUCCAUUGUCAGAGGUAGUAUCCUUCUGAAUAGUGGGGUGCAGGUGGCACUGUGGUCUAAACCUCUUGGGCUUGCCAAUCAGAAGGUCAGCAGUUCGAAUCCCUGCGAUGGGGUGAGCUCCCGUUGCUCUGUCCCAGCUCCUGCCAACCUAGCAGUUCGAAAGCAUGCCAAUGCCAGUAGAUAAAGUAGAUAGGUACCGCUGCAGCAGGCAGGUAAAUGACAUUUCCAUGUGCUCUGGUUUCUGUCACGGUGUUCCGUUGUGCCAGAAGCGGUUCAGUCAUCCUGGCCACAUGACCCAGAAAGCUGUCUGUGGACAAACCGUUAACUCCCUCCUACUAACACAUUUAAAAAACCAUAGAGUGACAUGGGAACUGAGGCCAUUGUCUCUGAACUGGAUCUUGUGCCAAUGAGACAUUGCCAAUUUGCACCUGCAGCUCAAACAUGAAACAAAAAACUGCAUUGUAUCUCAUCUCAAUAGCUGUGUUGUUUCAUUGAACCCAAAGAUCUCCCACCACACUGAAAAGAGCUGGUCAGUUAAAUAUUUGCCAAUAAUCCAACCUUGAAUGACAAUAGUUACCACUGCUGGGGGGGGGCAUGUCCAAUAUUGAAUUUUAGCGGGUAUUUAAGUGCCAUUUUAAAAUAUAGGUUAGAUUGCUGUAAAUAUGUGGGGCAGCCUCUGAAGAUGUUUCGGAAACUUCGGCUGGUAAAGAAUUUGGCAGCCAGGUUGCUCACCAGGACAUAUGAUCCUUGGAUGAAGGGGGGGGGGAUAUAUAAAUAUAAUAAAUAAAUGAAAUAUAUUGCUUUUGUCAUGUCAAGAUUGUGCUUAUUUAAGCAGAUGGAUGGGAAAGGUGAGAAAUUCCCAGAGCUCUGUUACUUUUCACAGGGAGCUUUGUCCAGUUCAAACUUUUUCCUCCAUGUGAUAUUUAUGGCAGCUUUUCCUGGAAAGCAAUUGUUUUCAGUCCAUAAAGCCUGGGCCACAUGCUUUCUCUCAACAUUGAUUUGGCUCCUGCCCAGUGUGUGGCUGAUAGAAAAACCAUUCUGUGGGUGUGCCCCAUGUAAGCAAAUUAAGUCUGAUUCUGUGUGUGCUUUCUCAAAAAUUAAUCCCACUCACUAGCUAUAGAAGGUUGGAGUUGAAGUUGGUAAUGAGGCUGACAGCUAAGAAGCAAAAUAUAAUGGGCUAAUACAAUAUGGAGGGACGCGGGUGGUGCUGUGGGUUAAGCCACAGAGCCUAGGACUUGCCGAUCAGAAGGUCGGUGGUUCAAAUCCCCGCGACGGGGUGAGCGCCCGUUGUUCGGUCCCUGCUUCUGCCAACCUAGCAGUUCGAAAGCACAUCAAAGUGCAAGUAGAUAAAUAGGUACCGCUCCGGCGGGAAGGUAAACGGUGUUUCCAUGCUCUGGUUCGCCAGAAGCGGCUUAGUCAUGCUGGCCACAUGACCCGGAAGCUGUCUGCGGACAAAUGCCGGCUCCCUCGGCCAAUAAAGCGAGAUGAGCGCUGCAACCCCAGAGUCGGUCACGACUGGACCUAAUAGUCAGGGGUCCCUUUACCCUUUACCUAAUACAAUAUGAGAUUAAAUAUGGUCCUGGGCAGCAUGUUUAAUGUUAUUUCUGAAAGCUUUGGGAUGGCAUCUGCCAAGCUCCUGUGGUCUGCAGCCUUCAUUUGUUGCGUUGGGACUUGGACAGAAUGAUUCCAGGAUUUGAAUAGCCUGUUACAGUGAUAUAGUUGCCACCUGAAAGCCAAAACCUUAUUUGAGUGUGUUGAGUCAUUUAAAUGUAUGCAGACUAUUGACUAAGAUUGAGGCCAAGCUAAAAACUAGCGCUCGACCUUGAACUUGGCCUGGAAUCUUUUGAAUGAGCAUAGCUCCGUCAGUAGAGCAUGAGAUUUUAAAUCUCAGGGUCGCAGGUUUGAGCACCAUGCUGGGGAAAAGAUUCCUGCAUUGUAGGGGGUUGGACUAGAAUGGCUGUCACGGUCCCUGAUUCUUUGAAUGUGCAUUGCAUGCUCUGAGAAUCACCUGUGGCCCCUCGACAGCAUGCACCACCAGUGGGAAAACGCAAAUGGCAGCAGUUCCCAACAUAUGCACGCAACAGAAUGGGUGUGUGAAAUCUUUGAAAAGUGCACUGGGUCUGCCAUAAGGGCAGGGCUGGGGCAACAUUAGAAACGGCCCUAAGCAGCAUUAUUCUUUAAAGUCACUUUAAUGAAUAAGAUUGAUUUCCAGGGCUUUUGUACUUUACGGGGAAUGAACGAAAUCUCUUAAGCCCUUAUUUUUGGCAUGGAGCAGUUUGGAGACUGUGCAGCUGAUGACAAUGGGGAAAAAAGAACUAUGGUAAAGUUCAAGAAUCCUUUGUUCUUGGAAUUGCUGUUGGUCAGCAAAAUUCUUGAACGAAAGGGAAGCAGUGAGGGGAGCAAUUUGGUAAUGUUUACAGGCUCUGUGUAGCCUCUGCGGAAUGAUUUGAUGGAUUUCAGGUGGUUGGGAGUUUUUAAAGCAAACAAACUCACAGCUCAUCAUCUUAUGUGUGUGUAUGUCUUUCCCCACCCCAGGUGAAGAGUGAAGGCCCGAAACUUGUCCCCUUCUUCAAAGCCACUUGCGUCUAUUUCGUCCUCUGGCUGCCCACCUCCAGCCCCUCUUGGUUCAGUGCCCUCAUCAAGUGUCUGCCCAUCUUCUGCUUGUGGGUUUUCCUGCUGGCGCACGGGAUCAAUUUCCUGACAGCCCAUCGCAGUGCCUGCAGAAUCCUUGCUGGUUUGAUAUUCUCAUCCAUUGGAGAUGCUUUCCUCAUCUGGCAAGAGCAAGGCUACUUCGUUCACGGUCAGUGGGGCACCAGUGUGUGGGUCUGGGCAACUAAGCUUCUGGAGCACGUGUCAUGUACUGUCAAUGAUGAAGUGUGGAAGUAAUACAGAUGUCUGCCCAUGUGUGCUCCUGCACUGGAGCUUUAGCACAUAACUGUAAAUGCAGGAAUCAGCGCCAAAAAAGUCUGUCAUUUCUCUUGUUGGGGUUAGGUGGCUGAAGUAAUAUAGCCAUGAUCUUCAUACACUAUGAGGCAAAUUUACACAUCUUUGCUGGUGCAACCCAGUCAGAUGGGCGGGGAAUAAUAAUAAUAAUAAUAAUAAUAAUAAUAAUAUAUUUUAAAAGAUAUUUUAACACACAUAUAGGGCUGGCUGGCUAUCUAUCUGUCUAUAUUUCAAUACCUCAGUGUACAAUAAUUAUUUCUUUUCAUGAAUAUUAUUAAUAUGCUGAUUUAAAUUUCUCUCCUGCCCUUCCUCUCAAAGGAGCCCAGGAUGGCAAACACCAAAAUAUAAACACAAAGCAAUUAAAAAUAAAAUAAAAGCACAUGUAGAAUGUUUAAAACCAUCUAAAAACAUUAAGAACAUCUAAAGAUAAUCGCACACCCUCACAGCUAAUUAUUUCAAGGUUGCCAGGAUCAGCGUCUUUUAGCUAUCAAAUGCCUGGAAUGUUUUAAUUUCCCCCUGAAUGUUGUUAAUGAGGUGACAGAUGCACCUCAUCAGGAAGUGCAUUGCACAAAUGGCAAGCCACCACCAAGAAGGCCCUGUCAUGGGUCAAUAUGUUCCACACUUCUUAGACAUUUAGCCUGUUUUAUUUGAUUCUCUCAUGCAACCCAUUACUCUGAAUAAUGGCAACAUGCCUUAGGCUGAGCAAUAGUUUAAUGAAGGUCAUACAACAGAUUUACAGAUCUACAAAUGGUGUGCACAGAGGGCCAGUCUAGACAUUGCUGAAGUUCCAGGGCAGCCCCUAAAAAUGACAUUCAAGUCUCGUUCUCCCCCUCUCCUUAUACUGUUUAAUAAAAGUCAUUGCCGAUGCAACAUAAUCACAGUGAGUUUUGCCACAUGCUCUGAUGCUGGAGGGGAAUUUAUUUAUUUGUGUGUUUAUUACAAUUAAAUACCAUAUUUUCUCCAGGAAGUUCAAGGUGCUAUGCUUGAUUCUCCCUCCCAUUCUGUUCUCAUCUCUGUGAGGUAGGUGAAGCUGAGAGAUGGUGACGGGGUCACCCUGUGAGUUUCGUGACUUAGUGAGGAUUUGAACCUGGUUCUUCCUGGUUCUAGUCCAACAUUCUAAUCACUAAACCAGGAAAUUCUUAGUCUGGUGAUAAUCUCUGGUGAGUUUCACUAGAGAUUAUGGAGUAGGGAAGAAGAGCUACAAAGAAGUAGAUUAUCUCAUUCUGUCCAGAGACAACAUUGGUGAUGAUGGUCCAAUCAUACUAUAUUUUUUAAAAUCAAAGCCAUUGCCUGCCUCCAGCCUAGUGUAUAAACCCAUGCCUCUAAAUCUAGAUUAGCACAUUUAGCUUUUUGCAAAUGGAGGAACCACACCUUUAAAAGCAGCAUUAGUGAAACUUGGACAGUGUGGAUGUAUUGGACGGGGAGAAAUUUAUUGCCAGAAAAAUAAAAAAGCCACAUAGGUUCCUUUGUGCCCCUGAAGAAGCAGGAGCUACCUUCUGUUUGACUCCACCUGUUUCCUCCUGCAAGCUUCCUUUGAAAGGAGAUGGAUUGUGACAUGUAGCCUGAGGCACAGCAUGAUUCAGAGAACAAGGGAAGGAGAUCCUUUCUGUACUCUUGACAGAGGCACACUUCUUCACCUUGUAGGCAGAGGAGCGAGAUGAGAUAAGCAGGUGGUCUUUGGGGCUUUGGCUGCCGUAGAUGUGCUGAAACAGAGCACAGGGUUGACUGUCAUGGGAAGAGAGAGUGAUUUGGCAAGCUGUGCCGAGGCUGGGAAGGGAGCACAAGUCCUAAGAAGUCACAUGCUUCUGUCUAAGGGGAGCCAUCAUCUGUGGCUUAAUUUGCAGAGGGAAGAAAUCUUCCUGCCAAUUAAGCCUUUCCGCUUUUUUAAUAAAAAGGUAUAUGGCUCCCAUCAGCUUCAGGGCCUUGUGUCCAUGUUUUGGGCAUUUAUUUCACCUGCCCCCGAGUUUUCUGUAACCACUUCUCUCUGAUCUGAUGAUCUUAAAAUGACUUGCAGAUAGCUGCUGCUGCAGAAGCAGCUCACACCAGAAAAUGUAGGGAGAGCAGAUGGCCUUUUCCUGUCAGAAGUGAAAGCUUUUUCACCCUGCACGUAUUCUCCCAGAAAGUCUAUCCAUUGCUUGUCUCCAUGUAUGCCAGUGUUGACAUUCACAUUUUGUCUCUCCCCCCCCCCUUUCUGUAGGUUUGCUGAUGUUUGCCAUCACGCACAUCUUGUAUUCUUCUGCAUUUGGGAUGAAGCCUCUAGAUCUGAAAGCUGGCCUGGUGAUGACUUUGGUGUCCAGUUUCUCCUACACUUUCCUGUACUCCUACCUCUCGGGCCCCUUCACCUACCUAGUAGCCGUCUACACUGCCUUGAUUGGCUUCAUGGGCUGGCGGGCCAUGGCCGGCGUGCAGCUGUGCAAUGACCUGUGGACUUGGACCAAGCUCUCGGCUUGCAUUGGCUCGGUGCUCUUCAUGGUGUCCGACCUGACCAUCGCCGUCAACAAGUUCUGCUUCCCUGUGCCCUACUCGCGGGUCAUCAUCAUGGCCACGUACUAUGCAGCUCAGAUGCUCAUUGCACUUUCUGCGGUGGAAAGCAGGGAGGAAGACAUCUUCAGGAAGAGGAAGUAGACGGGGGUGCCAGCAGGCGCUCAAACUCUGCUGGGAGUGCUGUAACUGCAAUUCAUCCCGGAGGAGAGUUUUGACUCUAGGUGAACCGGUGACUGCAGAUCUUGCUUCAUCGAAGCAUUAUCCUUAGUGUUUAGCUGGCUCUUCUCCAGUCCAGUUUGCUGGAGCCUAGAAGCCACACUGGAAGUUUAGUUCACACAGAACCAACUAUCUGACCUUUUCCUCUCUCUCUCUCUCUUUUUUGCAUCUUGGAAGUUUCAUGGGAGGGAGGGCCUCUCUAACUACUUCAUUGUGUUUGUAUAAUACUGGAGCUGAGGCUGAACAUUCCAGAAGGAGAAGAUUCGUUUCAGGACAACGUUUCAAAAGAAGGAAAGGGUAGGCAGUGCAUUGGCGUUUAAGAGCCUUGCCUUCAACACUCUGAAUGUGCAAAAGUCAUGUGAAAAUGACCCUUGGUGCUGCCUGACCAAGCCCCGCUUUGCAUACAUUGCAGUACAACUGUGAAACAAUUGUGUGUCUACACAAGGAACCCCCAGGGCCCAAACGCUACAACAGGACACGGGAGCACUUUGUGGGAGUUUAUGUCGGUCGUAAAGCUUGGGCUGCCCCUGGGAGAAACCAGUCUGAAGUCCAGAUUCGUUACAACCAUUUUAUUUAUGGGCCAUUCAAAGCCUUUCUUCUGAAUGUGAAUCCUGCAGGGCCCAUGUUGUUCUGCAGGCUUAAAAGCAACAACAAAAUGCAACAAUUUUCUCAGGCUUGGGUGGGUGGGUGGGAGGGAACACAGGAAAUGAAAAGAUUGCUGUACGUGUGCGUGUGAAACGCAGAUAACGGUAUAUGGUUCGUCAGUUUUUCUAGCAAUUUCUAGCUUGCAUAAUCUCAGAUUAGAGCACCAAACAGGAGAACAUUGUGAGCUCUCUCAAAAUCUAACUCACCAGCUGCUUCAUUGGCUGAAUAUUUUGGCCAAGGAAACCACCGGCUCGUCAGACCUGCUGUCAUAGCUACACGACGGGUCUGGGAAAGACUUGGAUUAGUGAUGAUGCGUGGAGCCAGCUUCUUCUCCCAGCCUCCACUCCAGAGUCUGGACAAAAUCCCAUGUAUUGAAAGAGGAAGAAUCGGCAGGGUUAUAUCCUGCGCAUGCAGGUGGUCUGGUCACUGUGAACAAGCGCUGUGUGGCGGAUCCCUGACAGGCAUUAGCAAGUCAUUGUUUCUAUACAGUGGACGAUCAGGGAACAAUAUUUAUUUGAAACUAAGCCAAUGGGCUUCCGUGUGUUUGCGCAUGUGUAAUGUGCCUGUUUCCGUGUACAUGUUGCACAAUAAGAAUUGUGUUACUUUCCCACCAACUGUCACCAGGACUGUAGAAUCUGCAGGUGCCUUCAGACCAACAGCUGCAGUUUCGGGUCUUGCCGAGAGGUACAGCCUAUCACCAAAGUGCUGAGAGACCAAUCAAUGUGCCACUCUCCUCUCAUCCAUCUUCACUGGGCAGCACUGAGUCACUGUAGAUCCAACUGGCAGGGAAGUGCAGUGGGGAAAAGUUAUGUGUCAGCAGCUUCCUUGCUGUUUUGUUUCGGUGUCAAGUUGCAAAAUGGGUUAGCUUGGCCUGCACUGCAGCGAUUGGUGUGAAGACUCCUGGUUGUGUGUGCCCACCUAAUUGUUUGUGGGGACUUUGAGGGAUACAUCGUACUUACUGACCGCAAUGUAUUUUUCUUCGUACAAGCUAGUAAGUGGAGGUCAUGGGUAGAGCAAUCCUGCAGAGGUUGGAGGAGGGAGAAUCUGUGUCAAAGGAGCCACCACUUUCAAAGCCCUGCUGGGUUCUUACCUAUAUUCUUUUUCCUGGCCCAUUUCCUUUUGUGAAGAGGGAGGAGGGGGGGGGUUGCAGCCUCUCAGCUGCCUUUCCUAGGAGCUUAAGUGUUGAUUUACUUUGAGUCUUUACAGUUAGAACAUACAGCAUUCCUUUAGGUUCCCUCUACUGUGUUCUUUCAGUAGAAUUCUGCCCUUGCUUGCAAAAUUACCUGUUCAGAUAAGUACCUUUCCCCUUACUUUGCUUAUCUGUGUUGUUGUUGUUUUUAAAAAAAAACUAUGAAGAGCAUCCUUAGUCAUUCUUAAACAGUGGCAUCUUGCCAGAGGUGCACCACAUAUUCGAGAUAGAUCGCACACACCUACACCCGGUUAAUAUCCCAAGAUAAAACUUCCACACACACAUUCUGUCAUUCAGAAAUGAACUACAGCGUACGCUGUUCCUCAGACUCUAGCUCUGGGGUGCUCUCUCAAUUCCCCUAAUCCCACUGUGCUGGGCACUUCGGCCUCUGAUGAUUCCUACAAUUGCUGGAGAAAGGGCCAUAGCUCUGUGGUCUCAGGCUUAAUCCCCAACACAUCUUCAGGUGGGGCUGGGAAGGACCCUUGUUUGAAACCCUGGAGAGAGCUGCUGCUCCUUGUCAAUGCAGACAGUGCUGAGCUGGCCAACUGGUCUGACUCAGGAUGAGGCCUCUUCCUCUGCUCCUAUGGCUGACAUCUUGUAAUGGGCAUUUCCUUAUUACAAGCAUUAUUAUUACAAAGUAAUAAUUAUUACAAAGUACCUACCUUUCCCCAGGGAUACUUCCAACACGUUGAAUUGUUUGCUACUGGCUCAGUCAUUAAGGUAGAAGCUGCUCAUGUGACUUUCUGUAAUAGUCAGUUCUGGCAACAUCCAAUCAGUGGAGGAAACUCUGUGUUACAAAAGUAUUGUUGGUCUUAUAGCACUUGAACCAUUGUGGCUUCUCCCAACGAAUGCCACGUUCACCAUAUGUUGCGUAAUCUUAUACACCUUUAUCAUGUGUCUCCCCCACCACUCCCUUACUCGCCUAAAAAGCCCCAAAUGUUGCAACCUUUCCUUACAGAGGAGUUGCUCCAACUCUUUGAUCCUUUUGGUUGCCCCUUUCUGAACCUUCUUCAGCACUCCGGUGAGGUGAGGUGAGGUGACCAGAACUGUACACAGGGGG